AUGCAGGAAAAACAUCGGCAAAAGAGAUUUCUUAAUCUCGUCGCCUCGGAGAACUUCACCUCAGAAGCGGUCCUUGAAGCGCUGGGUAGUGUAAUGCAAGGCGGCAACUCGGAAGGCUAUCCUGGAGCACGAUAUUAUAGCGGAAACGAAUUUGUUGAUCAAGGGGAACGACUGUGUCAGAAACGAGCGCUUGAAGUCUUUGGUCUCAAGGAAGAAGACUGGGGCGUUAACGUUCAACCUUUGUCUGGGACUCCUGCAAAUCUGUAUGCCUACUCCGCGCUCCUCAACGUCCAUGAUCGCAUUAUGGGUCUGGACCUUCCUGAUGGCGGACAUCUCUCACACGGCUUUCAGAGCGCCAACAAGAAAGUAUCGGCAAGCUCUAAAUAUUUCGAGUCCUUACCUUAUCGGCUUGAACCAUCUACUGGACUGAUUGAUUAUGAAAACCUCCAGACUCUUGCUUCGCUCUACCGCCCCAAGAUGAUAAUUGCCGGCACCUCGGCCUAUUCACGGAAAAUUGAUUAUGCUCGCAUGCGAACUAUAGCUGAAUCCGUUGGGGCGUAUUUACUCUCAGAUAUGGCGCAUAUCUCUGGUCUGGUCGCGACAGGCGUAUUGCCGUCGCCAUUUCUGCACUCCGACAUCGUCACGACGACAACGCACAAGUCGUUACGCGGACCGCGUGGGGCGAUGAUUUUUUUCCGACGAGGCGUCCGCCGUCGCGAUAAACACGGCAAGGAAGAGCUCUACGCCCUAGAAGAAUUGAUAAACUCGUCCGUGUUCCCAGGUCAUCAAGGCGGCCCACACCAACAUACCAUCACGGCGCUCGCAGUCGCUUUACGCCAGGCGCAGACGCCUGAGUUUAAAGCAUACGCAGAGGCGGUCGUAGCUAACGCGCGAUUGCUCGCCAAAUGCCUGGGCACAUCUCAACAUGAGGGCGGCUAUGGAUACACCGUCGUCUCAGGCGGGACCGAUAACCACAUCGUGCUGCUGGAUCUACGCGACCGUGGCGUGGAUGGCGCUCGCGUGCAACGUGUCCUUGAACUCGUCAGUGUCGUCGCCAACAAAAACACCGCGAACGAUUAUAUUCGUGUCGCCCAUGUCAUUGAUCGCGCCAUCACCAUCACGCAACGUGUUGAUAUGAGGAUUCGCGAAGAGGCUGAGAGUCGCGGCUACAAGACUCCUGGAGGGAUCAAAACGUUCUUGAAGGUGUUGGGGGACGGCACAGACGUCCUGGAAAUUGGAGAAUUGCGGAAAGAGGUUGAAGACUGGGUUGAGACAUUUCCUGUGCCUUGGGAAAAUUGUCCUUAA